AUGCCGUACUUCCCGUCGUGUGAGGCGACGCUUGGGGGAGUCAAUGGAGUGAACUGGACGGCAGCCAGAAGCGAUGGAAAGAAAAGUUGGGGGCCGGCGGGAGGGCCGCCACUCCAGUCGCUUGUAUAUUUGCUGACCUUUGAACAGGACCCGUAUUAUCUCAUUCUCGAGAUGCACUGGAUCGGCGGAUUUUACUACUGGCGUAUUUUGAGAAGCAAGGGUCAAAACUCGGACGAACGAAAGCACCGCCAAUCGCUUCACAACCCACAAGUAGGCUAUGCAGUGGCAGUGUUGUUGAGUUUGUUCCAGGAGUUUGGUUGUCGUGUGCCUCCGGUCGGUGGCGACGACAAGGUACAGGACUGCUGGUCGGCCGCAACUGCGAGUAAUACCCAUGACACGCUGAAGUCCACCACCAUAGUUAUACAUGACAUGUCAGAUUCGCUGCACACCACCGCAAUGCAGCGGAACACGGACCGGACCUUGCUCAGCCCGGCGCCACUGUCUUGGAGCACCACACAGUACAACCACACCUGGGCGGCUUACAGCCUCAACGGGAUGUCUGGUAAUGCGACAGUUCCAAUUGAGAGCGGGAAUGACUUGUGGCGUGAGUGGCUGGCUUUAUUGUUGCGCCCGCAACUCAAGCCAACGCGCCGGUAUUGCAUCGUGGCUUCGCUGUAG